UGCCUCGUCCUCUACGCGACCCUCGCACCAGCCACCACGCCCACUCCAGCAAGCAUGUCCCACACCGUCGACAUCCCGCAAGAGCUCAAGGCGUCCCUGCGCAAGUUCCGCUUCGCGCGACGCAACGCGGGCAGCGCAGCGUUCAUCGUCAAGAUCAACAAGCAGAAGCUCAUCAUGGAGGAGGUCGAGCAGUUUGACAACAUCAGCAUCGACGACCUCGCAGAAGAGCUCCCGGAGAACGCGCCGCGAUACGUCCUGCUCUCGCACGAGCUCAACCACGACGAUGGCCGGAAGUCGUUCCCGCUCGUGCUCAUCAACUGGGCGCCGAGAUCGAGCGAGAUGAGCUUGCUGACGCUGCACGCGAGCGGGUUCAUCGACUUUCAGAACACGGCUGAUGUGAGCAAGGUGAUUGAGGUGCGCGACGGCGCGGAAGGCCUCACGCAGGAGUCGAUUGACGCGAAGCUGCUCCAUGGGUGAUGAGCAUGAACGGGCUGUCGUAAGUAGCUUUGCAGUGUUGUACGUUGAUCAAGAGAAGAAGUCAGGAUAUUGUAACAUGUUUCGACGCAUUCUCGGCGGCGUGGCUAUUGACCGUCGAACGCCGGUUUCCAGUGGUACUCCUACUGGCAAUGGGCAUCGUCGUGAUGCCCCGAGUAACCUAUGUACUUAGCAGGAUCACAUACGCAGCAUGACACAGGAAAGCGUUUUCGGUGAGUGAUGUCCGUCCGCGUCUGACCUAAGGGUGCUUUGACGACGCGAUCGCAGCGGUAGCUAAGGCUGACUGUUCUCAGACCAAGUCCAAUUGACUCUGUA